UCGUGUGUGUUGAGCAGACGAGGAGCGGAGAGCAGAUGGAUUUGUCCUGCUGGGUCUUUUCUUUCUUUCACUUCUUUACUUGACAAGUAGUGAUGGACUAAAAGAGGAACAAAAGAGCAGCGGGAGCGGAUGACAAGAGGAGAAAGUGUCUUUCCAUUCUGGACUUUAUGGAUCAGCGUCGCUAGGACGACUUUCAUCCACUUUUUUUACCCCCCACACACUUUGCUCUCCAUGGAGCUUCGACGUUUGUGUCCACUUGAAGGAGCCUGAUUCCGAUCCAUAAUCCACGGGAUGGCCUCCCUCGUCCUGGUCCUGCUUUGUCUUUGGACCUGGGGACACGCCAAAAGCGCGUUCGCGCUCAGAACCUCCUACAGCCUCUAUGCAGGCGGGAACGCGCACGGUGCCCGAGUGGCCAGCAGACACAGGAACUGGUGUGCGUUUGUGGUAACAAAGACAGUGAGUUGUGUAGUUGAAGAUGGAGUUGAGACAUAUGUGAAGGCAGACUACCAUCCCUGUGCCUGGGGCAGCAGUCAGUGCAGUCGAGUGGUCGCCUAUCGUACCUUCAUGAGACCCAGGUACAAAGUAGCCUAUAAAAUGGUGACACAAAUGGAGUGGAAGUGUUGCCAGGGUUACAGUGGAGACGACUGCAACAGUGGUCCAGUGGGUGGGACAGGAGCCACCAACAGACCCCAGCCAGGACUAGGAGGAAGUGGUAUGAGCACCGGACAAGGAGGCUUCAACACAGGCUUUGGACAUAAUGGGGGACACAGUGGAAGAGCGGAUACUGAAAAGAUGAGACAGCUGGAGGAUAAGAUCCAUACUCUAACCAAAACUAUUGAGGACCUGCAGUCCACCAUGAUGUCCAUGAACGAGCACUUUAAGGGAGGGGUCAACAAACCUGGUGUUGGCGGCAGUGGCGGUAUCUCUUCUGGAGGAAGAAACCCUGCAGAUGCUGCUCAGCCAGAGAUUAAAGAGACAAUCCACAGCAUUCAGGCCAAACUGGAUCAGCUGGACAAUCGUACACAGGCUCACGAUAAAACCCUGGUCAGCAUCAACAACCAUCUAGUCAACGGAAAAGGGAACGAUCUGGAGGGAGGUGUUCCUGGAGGAGGUUUGAGCGGAACCGUCCUCAACUCGUUGAAGGAAGAGAUUCUAAAGGAGCUUGAGAGAAGGGUUUCGCUAUCGUGUUCUUCCUGUCAGGCUGGUGUGGAGGACCUACACAGGCAGCAACAAGAAGAUCGUGAAAGAAUCCGGGCGCUGGAGAAGCAGCUCAACGCCAUGGAUGUUCGUUAUCGACAGGCGCUCGAUGGAUUGCGGCGGGAGGUGGCCACUUCAAAGGGAUGCUGCGACGGCGUCAACGACCUCAGAAACCGCGUCACUGAUACCGAACGCAAAAUCAGCUCGACGGCAGAGAACUUUGACGUCCUGCAGAACCGCCUGAACGACGCACUCAAGGGAGGAAGUGGCGGCGGUCGUGAGAACGGUGGCUUUCAAGGAGGGGCAAUCGGCGGCGGUAGAAAGGAUGUCAUGGUAACGGAGGAUCAUGUCAACAGUUUGCUGAAGCAUUUGGAACGGCGGGUUAACGACACCAUGGAGCAGACGGAACAAAGCUGCGCAUACCUGGAAAAUGAUUUGAAGGACUACUUUCACAGAGAACUCUCUGACCUCCGAACUGUCUUCCUGGACCGUUUUGACGAUCAGGCCUUCAGGAUUGCAGACGUGGAGCUGGAUGUGGGGAUGGUUAAGCAGAGAGUGAACGAGCAUGACAAGACACUGUCAGCACUGGAGAACACCACCUCAGUCCUGAACAGGAACCUGGACGAGUGCGGCUGCAGAGGCACGACGGGAGAAGGGGAGGUCGGAAGAGGGGGAGGAGGGAAUACCGUUAAUGGUGGAGGUCAGGGAGGCACUGCUGGAGGUGACAGUGCUGGAGAUGGCAGGGCUGGAGGUGGAGGCAAAGGAAGUGUGAAUGUAGGAGGAGGAGGAUCAUCUGGAAUAGGAGGGGGAGGAUCAUCUGGAAUAGGAGGGGGAGGAUCAUCUGGAAUAGGAGGAGAAAGGGAUAAUUCCACACAGAAAUCACUGGAGUGGAGAGUGGUGGCCAACGAGGAUCAGAUUCGACAUUUCAACACCAGACUCAAAGACCUGUCAGUGUCUGGGGACUCUCUUAACGAUAAGGUAGUGGACCUGAGCCAUGACGUCCGUAAGAUCAAGGCUUUGACAGGUGAUCACGGUGAACACUUUAACCGCAUUGUGACAGAGGUGGAGUUGCUCGGCCAGGACUGCUACCUAUGCGGGACGCUGGAAGAUGAGUUACGGAAGUUGCAAAACCAUUCCAAGGAGUCACUGGGCCGGCUGCAGAGCCACGUCAACAGACUUCAACUCAGCGUGGACUCUGGGGGUCCCUGCAACCAGAUCUGCUCACACUUGCAGGAUCAAGUUCGUCUUCUGCGAGAGGAUGUCUCACGGUGCACCAGUCGAUGUGGUGGUUCUGGUAGCGGUGGUUCAAGCGGUGCAAAUGGAGGUACCGGUGCAGAUGGACACGGUUUGAAUGCUGAGAGACCUUUAGAUGGUCACAGUGUGAUUGGAGGCUCCAUGAGCAACAACCAGUUGAAGACGCUGCAGGGUGAACUCUCUGAAGUCAUCCUGACCUUCAGCUCCAUAAACGACACCCUCAAGGGUCUCGAACACACGGUUCAGAAACACGGCAGCGUCAUCACCGACCUGGGAAACACCAAGGAUAAGAUCAUUUCGGAACUGGACAAAAUCCAACAGGAGGUGACAGAACACAUUGAGGAAAGUCGGGACCGGUUCAGUGGGAUGGAGCGGGAUGUCCUACGUUUUGAGAACAUGUUGCUGGUGGAGAUGGGAGCCUGCAAGAGAUCUGGAGACGGGCUGGAGAAGAGGUUAUCCAAACUUGAGGGCGUCUGUGGAAGAAUGGACGGAGUCUAUGACUCCAUCCACAAGAUCAAAGAAGGACUGAACCAGCAUGUAUCUAGUUUAUGGACUUGUGUUUCGGGUCUAAACAACUCCGUUGUCCAUCACGGAGGAAUCUUGGACAGCGUCCAGACCCGAAUGAAGAACCUCAACUUCAGCGUGAAUAACAUGUUGAAAGACUUGCAGAGCUUCUCAGACCUUGGACUCGCUGGGCGGCAAGGACCUCCAGGACCUGUGGGACCCCCAGGAGAGAAGGGUUUCAAUGGACUGCCGGGUCCCCAAGGGCAACCUGGAUUUCCCGGAAGACCAGGAGAAAGUGGUGCACGUGGUCUACCAGGUCCCAAAGGAGAGACAGGAACGCCGGGUGCCGAUGCUCACUUUCCCAAACUGUCAUUCUCUGCUGCUCUGACUGUCCCGAUGGAGCGGGCAGGAACCAUCGUCUUUGACAAGAUCUUUGUCAACGAAGGAGACUUCUAUGACCCGAGAACAGGUAUUUUCACAGCCCCCAUUGAUGGACACUACUUCUUCAGUGCCAUCCUGACUGGCCAUAAGAACGAGAAGAUCGAGGCGGUUUUGUCCAAAUCCAACUACGGCAUGGCCCGUGUGGACUCUGGGGGCUACCAGCCCGAGGGCCUGGAGAACAACCCCAUGGCCGAGACUAAAACCCCUCCGGGCUCACUGGCGGUCUUCAACAUCAUCCUACCGCUACUGGCUGGGGACACGGUCUGCAUCGACCUGGUGAUGGGCAAGCUGGCCCACUCUGUGGAACCGCUGACCAUCUUUAACGGGAUUCUGCUCUAUGAAGCCAUGUGACGGCCCAAAGCACGACCAGACAAGGACAGAGUACCUGAAGAACAAGACAAGCCCACAGGAGGCAGCACCAAAACCUCGAUAUCGCUUCUUGAUUCUGAAGUGAACUUUUAGGAAGACAUUUUUGUAACGUUCAGGGAAACUCGUUCAAAGCAGCUUUAUGUGAUGUGAUUGUUUAAGCAGGCUUUUUACAUACCUGGAGAACUUCUUGUUGACUGGGGGAAAAGAAGUAUUUGAUUCCCUGCUGAUUUUAUAAGUUCAUUCAUUUAUCCCCAUGUUGGACCGCCACAGAUUUAGUGCCAUAAUUUCUUUUAAAAAAAAUUUUUUUUGGCGCCCUCUGUUCACUCACUCAUGAAACGACGUUGAUAGAACAUCUAGUGGUCGACUUGUCUGACUUGUGAAUGUUUUUGUUUGUCUCAGUGUGUCAUGUGAUGGACUGGUGAGCUGCGCAGGGUGUAGUCUGCAUAGCUGGGAUCGGCUCCAGCUCUUUGUAAAAAAAAAAAAAGGUAUGGAUGGUUUUCAAUCCAGAUGCUGACCCUGAACCCGUGUACCGUGCCUCCGAAUUCUUGUAACAUUCACACACUGUUGUUGUUUUUGAACGCAUACGUGUGCGUUCAAUGUUCAACUGGUAUAAAAGUUCCACUUUUUAAUGUUUUAUCAAUUGCACAAUGUUUUGUCUAUAAGCCACUCAAUGUUCUUUUAUUGACAAUUAUCCCCCAAAAUAGGCUACUUUGUAUUUCCUUCAUAUUUGGGGACGGGGGGAUUUGUGAAAGUAAUAAGAGCACAUUAGAUAUAUUGUCUUACAAAAAUGUCACAUCCUAAUUUUUAAGUUUUCUUUUAGAAAAGAUGAAUGUAUGGUAAUAAAACAGAAAUAUUUAAUGCAUAGAGGUUACUGCGUGUCAUUAUUAGUGUGCAGUGUUUACAUAUAUCAUUUAUGUCACAUGCAUGCAUAUGAAUAAUUUGUCCAUUAUUCAUUCAUUUUCUACCGCUUUUCCUCACGAGGGUUGCGGGGGGUGCUGGAGCCUAUCCCAGCUGUUUUCGGGCGAGAGGCGGGGUACACCCUAGACUGGUGGCCAGCCAAUCACAGGGCACAUACAGACAAACAACUAUUCACACUCACAUUCAUACCUAUGGACAAUUUGGAGUCGCCAAUUAACCUAGCAUGUUUUUGGAAUGUGGGAGGAAACUGGAGUACCUGGAAAAAAACCCACACAUGCACGGGGAGAUGGCCGAGGGUCGGAUUGAACACUGGUCUGCAUGCUAACCACUCGACCGCCGUGCAGCCCUUUGUCCAUUAUAUUAUAUUAUUUAUUAUAUAUGGUGCAUGUGCCCAGCGUGAUAUAGGGAUGUCCUGAACUAAUAUUGAGGCUCGGGAUCUGCUUUUUGAAGAUAUAAUGUGUAACAUCCGUAACUCUGGGCCACAACACUAUAUACACA